UUGACAGUCACAGUAACAAGUCACAAUCCUUGACUUUUCAGAAUUUUCACUUCAGCUUCUCUAUUUUGUUACGCGGUUAGGAAGCGGUGCUUAGUCAACUUAUUUUAAAUUAUAUUAAAUUAAUAUAUACAUACUAACAUACUUAUUUAAAGAUGUUUCUUACUAGAAGUGAAUAUGAUAGGGGAGUAAAUACUUUUUCUCCAGAAGGGCGUUUGUUUCAAGUUGAAUAUGCUAUAGAAGCUAUUAAGCUGGGCUCAACAGCAAUUGGCAUUUGUACAAGUGAAGGUGUUGUACUGGCGGUAGAAAAACGUAUAACAUCCCCAUUAAUGGAACCAACAACUAUUGAAAAAAUUGUGGAGGUUGAUAAACAUAUUGGAUGUGCUGUUUCUGGGCUUAUGGCAGAUUCUCGAACAAUGAUAGAUAGAGCUCGUGUGGAGUGCCAAAAUCAUUGGUUUGUUUACAAUGAAAAUAUGAGUGUAGAAUCUUGUGCACAAGCUGUCUCCAAUUUAGCUAUUCAGUUCGGGGAUUCAGAUGAUGAUGGUGCAGCUAUGUCGAGGCCAUUUGGAGUUGCUAUUUUGUUUGCUGGCAUAGAUGCUAAGGGUCCUCAGUUGUAUCACAUGGAUCCUUCAGGCACAUUUGUACAAUUUGAUGCUAAAGCAAUAGGUUCUGGUUCAGAGGGUGCUCAACAGAGCUUACAGGAAGUAUACCAUCGUAGCAUGACUCUUGAAGAGGCAACUACUUCAGCUCUAACAAUACUUAAACAAGUGAUGGAGGAAAAAUUGAAUUCCUCAAAUGUUGAAGUAAUGACUAUGACACCUGAAAACUUAUUCCAUAUGUUUGCAAAGGAGCAGGUAGAGGAGGUAAUUUCAAAAUUGUCUUAAUUUACAUUAUAAUUAAAUAAGCGAUUAUGGUUAUUGAGUAAUUUUACAUUAAUUAUAUUUUCUUUUAUACUCUGUAAGAA